AUGCGCCAAGCAUUCCACAGCUCACAGCUCAGUAUAGGCGACAGGACGUCUAUCCGACAUAUCACGGGCGUCGAGGCCAAACGACUCAGCGAAGUGCGGCAGUCCAACGAGACCACGCCCACAAGUCCGCGCGAUGCCGCCGCGACGCAAGUCAUGUGCCAGCGACGUGUGAACCAACGCAUCAUGCACGAUUUGGCAUUGAGGAAUCGCGUUAUGGAAGAGACCGAGUCCAAGAAGGCCAAAAACUACGAGGUGUCGUUGCGUGCUGCGCAUACUGCCACCGAGCGCAUCAAAGCCAAGAAACGCAGGGAACUGAAAGCGCUCGACGACGGCGUCGAAGUGCUAAUUCUGAACCAACCGUCGUCCAUCGAAGCGAUGAACAUUGCUCGGAUGCUGUCGCCGCGGUUUGCAGAAAUCAUCGCGUUUACGCCCGAUAUUGCCAAAAACUCGGCCGACGACGUGCGCCUCAAGGGGCUUCUCGACCGCGACCGAGUCGGGUCCUAUUAUCGCUAA